AAAAAACCCACAAAUCCAAACAAGACUCUUCUUGUUUCUAUCACAACAGAGAAAAUUUCGGCCGGUUUUUUUUUGUCUUCACAAGAAUAUAUUCAACAUUCAAAGACUGAGUCAAGCCAAUCACACAAAACUAAAUAGAGAGACAAAUCUGGUAUGACACAGACGGCAACCACAUUUCUGGACAAUUCUAUCCCUUCACUUUUCUAUCAAAACACAUUGAACUCGAAAUUUUAUAUAAUCAAACAUGUUGAACUGGCCGUAUUUAUCACUCUCAAUUGAACUGGAUUUAACAUUGAACUAACCAAAAUGUUAAUUGAAAUUAUUUAAAGCUUAGGAAAUAUGUUGAAUAGUACAUUUCAUGCUCUCAAAUCACAUACCUGGAACAAUAAUCUCAUAACAAUGGUCAUCAAGGGUUGUUAUGCUGCCUAGGAAUGGGCAGAUCAGUAAUUAGAGGUAUGCGACAUAAUUACUACAUUAUUGCCCACUUUCUUUGUUCUUGUAAUUUUGCUCAUGUGCAUACAUGAGAAAAUGACUACUUCAGCAGUUUCUGCUUGUACAUUGUGAAACUUGAUUGCUUCAAAGGUCUAUAAAUUACUUAGGAUGAUAGUGCUCUGAAAUUGUAGAAACAUAGAAUACUGUCACACAUAACAGCACAGUAGAGAAUUCAGAGAAAGCAAGGAGUUUAAUUACCUUUUUCUCUCAUGGAGAUGAACUAUGCUUCACCUCUUCUUCUGAUGAUAUUUUCCUUAGCCAUGUUCACUUCUUAUGUGGUUGAAGCCAAGGUUCCCGCCAUUUUCAUACUAGGAGACUCAACUGCCGAUGUUGGGACUAACAAUUACUUGCCUGCCAGUGGGGCAAGAGCUGACUUUCCUCACAAUGGCAUUGAUUUCCCCCACUCAAGAUCAACGGGGAGGUUCAGUAAUGGUUUCAACAGUGCUGAUUUUCUUGCCAAGCUAAUGGGGUUCAAGAGGAGUCCAAAUCCAUUUUUUUUACUUCUUAACCAGAAAUCUAGUAUCAAAAGGCCAAGCUUUAGAGGCGUAAACUUCGCCUCAGGAGGGUCCGGCCUUCUUGACUUAACUGGACAGAACAAUCAACAGAUGGUUAUUCCCUUGUCUGAGCAGAUCGCGCAAUUUGCCACCAUCUACAACAAUCUAACAGCAGUAAAGGGUGCAGAAGUAACAAAACAAUUUCUCUCCGAAUCCCUUUUCAGCAUAAGUGUUGGAAGCAAUGACAUUUUCGGCUAUUUCUAUUCUAAUACCACCAUAACUGAGCAAGAAUUCAUCGCCAUACUAAUGAACACUUAUGAACGCUACAUAAGGGCUUUAUACAAUCUUGGAGCAAGGAAGUUUGGCAUCAUUAGUGUCCCACCGAUAGGAUGUUGUCCAUCUCAAAGAGUUUUCAAUGCUACAGGGGGUUGCUUGGAGAACAUUAAUGAAGCUGCAAGAGCUUUCCAUUCAGCACUUGACACCCUCUUGAGCAAGCUCAGCUCAGAUCUUCAGGACAUGAAGUACUCACUUGGAAAUACAUACAAAAUGACCAUAGAUGUCAUAGACAAUCCGCUUCCCAAUAAUUUUAAAGAUGUGCAAAGUGCAUGUUGUGGAAGUGGACGAUUGAAUGCAGAAGUAGGUUGCCUUCCAGAUGCAAAUCUUUGCGCGAAUCGCAAUGAAUACUUGUUCUGGGAUUUAUACCACCCCACACAGGCUGCUUCUAGGCUUGCAGCUCUAACCCUUUAUCAUGGCACACCAGAAUAUGUAGCCCCAAUUAACUUUGCUCAGUUGGCCGACGAUUAUUGAUUAGCUCAAGCCUUCAGCUUCCGGUGGACACUGUCUACUGAGAUCAAUUUAUACACCAAUAAGUGAAUUUCACAUCAAUAAAUUUGUUCCUAUUUAUUCUUAUAUAGGUAAAAUAUCAAUUGAAAUGAAUAAAAUGUUUCAUACUUUUAUUUUUUAUUUUUUUAAGAACAUUGUUUAUGUUAUUUCUUCUGGAUUGACUCAACUGCUUAGGAAUUUAAGUCGGAAUACAUUACUGGAAGAAUGAUACUGCAGAAUCAGUAGGAGGUGUCUUUUGUGUGAGAUAUAAAUUUUGUAUACUGCAGAAUC